UCAUCCCAAUCCCAAAUUCACAAUGUCCUUCACUACACCUGUCUCAAUGACUUAUCCCUGUCCCCACUACCACCCGCUCCCCUUCCCUCUUAACGACACCCAGUUCCCGUUCGACGGUGACAGCGCCCAUAGGAAGGCUGAAAUCCAACGGGCUAACCGUGCUAUCCGCAAUCAGGCCGUUUGUGAACACGAGGCCAGCUCCCAGGAGUGGCACGAUCUUGCUGCUUUCCAGGCUCACCUCGAGGAGCAACGACUCCUCGCUCGGCGCCGCCGUUUAGAUGCUGAGAACUUCUUCGCAGGGACCAUCAAUCCUAGAUGUUCUCACGGGUUCAAUAACUCGGCUUCGUGUGACUUACUACAAUACAAGGUCUCUGGCCCGGACGAGCCCUCGCUCAAGGACAUGAUCUCUUCACAUCUUGAGGAACAGCGCUGUCUUAUGGCAGAGCACCGGUCCGAAGUGCGCAAUGUGCUCCAGGCGAUUCUUACCCACCUCUCUAAAGGCACUACGAUCAAAGCUCCUAUCGAACGCGAUCCCAUAUCAUCCCCGACUACAUCAGUCAAUGUCAACGAGGAGGGACCCGUCGCCUCCUCCCUCUCCCAGAUUUCUUCCCUCUCCACCCGUCUCGAGAGCCUCCUCGCUGGCUUCCAGUUCCCUGCUGAGCUCGAUUUCUCUCCAGCCCUCGGCACCGCUGAUGUAUUUGCAUUGACUUACACCCCGGCCAAUGCACCUGUCCGCGCUCAGGAGCAUGCGCUUUUGUUGCUCUUCGCAGACUUGGACAACAUUCCAAGCUUUGGGUCAGACGUAGUGAGGAAUGCAAGGCGCGCGGUCGUGACUUGUGUGGAUCAAGCGCUUAAAGAGCUUGAUAAAUGUGUGGAGGAGCGAAGGGGCCGUGCUCAUGCUAAGAAGGCAGACCCUGUUACAAUGCCUAUUGAGCAGCCUACUCGCCCAAAUGAUGGCGAUUCCUCGGAGCCCGUGAACGUUACCUCUGCAAAUCUUGCGCUCGCUCAAGUCCCUGAAAUUCCCAUUUAGUCUUGCAGUCCCAAUCGCCGCCUGAUAUCGUUCAAGUUUUCUUGUGCCUCGGUAUUUUCUUUACAUUUCACUCAUGUGUUCUAUGUCUUGGAUCUUAUCCUUUGUACAUACUGUAUAUUAGUUCAUGAUUACUGUACUCUGGUCAGUAUAUGUAACGAGUCAAACCAAGUUGCCAAUAUUGCAAUGUAU